CGAAAACUCAAGGGAGGAGUUAUUAUUGAAGACGACAACCCGUAUGACAUGGAGGAGAUGCUGAUGCCACUGCACAAGUAUCUCGAUACCCCUACUGCUCAUGAUAUAAUCCACAAUGGAGCAACGUUUCAGGAUUGACAAAUAAUUCCCAUUUAGCAGAAGCCCACGAGGUUCGGCAUUGUGUGCAGAAAUACAAAAACCUCGGUGAGCCUGUUCUCCAAGUGGCCAAGAGAAGGUUAGACAGCAUGUUGUAUGUUGGAUUGACAGAAGAGCAUAGAGAAUCUGCUUCACUUUUUGCUAAUGUAGUGGGUUCUCGGGUGCUUUCUCAAGUGGUUACAUCAAAUAUAACUUCAAAAACUACUAAAUCAGAAGCAAGUGUUACUAUUCCAGAAUCUGGAUCAGAUAAGAGUGAAAUCCAGAAUGGUACAUCUGAAGUUGCAUCCGGUAAGAUAGAAGCAAAGAGUGGAAAUAUGACGGUAAAAACUUUGAUGGAAGUCUAUGAGGGAUGCAUUACUCAUCUAAGAAAGUCCCAAGGAACCAGACGUGUCAACUCCCUGAGGAGAAUAUCGCCAGCUAAUUUUACUAGAACGACGCGUGCAAGAAUUCUUAGCGAGGUCAUUGAGCAGAUCAAAUCGCUUAACAAUCUUGAUGUGGAGCUUUUCAAGUACGCAAAAGAAAUCUUUGUUAAAGAACAUGAACUAAUGUCAAAGAAGAUGGUUUCAACAACUAAGAGAAGCAUUGUUGAUCUGCAGAACGUGUUUGGAGAGAUGGAUGAUGAAAAGCUGUGGAAGUUGGUAUCAGUGACAUUGAUGCUCUUACUGCUCUUCCUCUUGUUUCUUUUUGUAAACGCUAGAAGGAGAAUAACCUCUAAGGUGAAAAAUGAAAAAGAUCAGAAGCAAAGCCCAUACGUCAUUUCUGAUACUCACAGUGGAAGCUCCGUACGGCGUUUUAUGUUCUUCGCUUCAUGUUUUAUUCUAUACGCUUUGGUGGCCGCGACGUACGCAUGGCUAGCGUUUCCACCGCAUGUCGGACGUACAGAUCAUGUGUCUUCUUCUUCGCUAGGUUGUCGAGAGGACAAUGAGGGUUCCUGGUCCAUUGGUGUUUACUAUGGCGAUUCUCCCUUCACUCUCAAACCUAUAGAAACCGUUAACGUGUGGAGGAACGAGAGUGCAGCAUGGCCUGUGGCUAACCCUGUUUUAACAUGUGCCUCCUUGACCAACUCUGGUUUUCCAAGUAACUUUGUAGCUGACCCAUUUCUCUAUGUUCAGGGUAAUACUCUUUACCUCUUCUUUGAGAAUAAAAACCCCAUCACAAUGCAAGGGGAUAUAGGAGUUGCAGAAAGUACUGACAAAGGAGCUACUUGGAAGCCUCUUGGUAUAGCUUUGGAUGAGGCUUGGCACUUGUCUUUCCCAUUCGUCUUCAAUUACAACGGACAAAUAUACAUGAUGCCGGAGAGCAGCCAGAUAGGAGAGCUACGUCUCUACCGUGCAGUUAACUUCCCAUUGAUCUGGAAACUGGAGAAAGUCAUCUUGGAAAAGCCGCUCGUUGAUUCAACCAUCAUCCAUCACCAAGGAAACUACUAUCUAUUCGGAUCAGACCAUAGUAGCUUCGGGACCAAGAAGAACGGACAGCUUGAGAUUUGGUACAGCAGCACACCCCUCGGCCCGUGGAAACCACACAAGAGGAAUCCUAUCUACAACGGUAAAAGAAACGUCGGGGCAAGAAACGGAGGCAGACCGUUCUCACACGAUGGGAGUCUCUACCGUGUCGGUCAAGACUGCGGCGAGAACUACGGGAAAAGGAUAAUCAUAUUCAAGAUCGAAGCUCUCUCCAUGGAUGAGUAUAGAGAAGUCCAAGUCCCAUUUGAUCUAGAAGCGUCUUCCCGUCCUAAAGGUGAAAAUUCUUGGAACGGACUUAGGCAGCAUCAUCUCGUAGUGAGACGGUUAAGUUCUGGUGGCUACAUUGGUCUCGCUGAUGGCGACCGUGUAGCUUCGGGAGAUUUGUUUCGUCGUGUUCUUCUCGGAUACGCUUCUCUAGCAGGUGCUAUUACACUGGUUGUGUUACUAGGGUUUUUGCUUGGGAUCGUUAACUGCGUUGUUCCGUCAACAUGGUGCAUGAACUACUACUACGCGGGAAAAAGAACCGAUACGGUUCUGGAUUUGGAAAGUGGCGGUUUCUUGUCGGACAAGUUAAGAAGACUGUGUUCUCGGUUAAACCGAGUACCAUCUUUUCUAAGAGGACGCAGUCCCAAAUUAGGAAGAUUAGGACUCGGUUUGAUACUCCUUGUAGGAGUUUUACUCUCGUGUCUAGGCAUCGGUUACAUAUACGGUGGAAGCGGAGCUGUUGCGCCUUACACUUUCAAAGGUCAUGCAUCUAAGUUCACGUUAGUGACUAUGACUUACGACGCACGUCUCUGGAACCUGAAAAUGUACGUUAGUCAUUACUCUCGAUGUGCUUCUGUGAAAGAGAUCGUUGUCAUAUGGAACAAAGGACCACCUCCUGACCUAACCGAGCUAGACUCCGCCGUGCCGGUUAGAAUCAGAGUCGAGAAGCGGAACUCUCUAAACAACAGGUUCAAUAUCGACCCGCUGAUUAAAACGCGUGCCGUUCUCGAGCUCGACGACGAUAUAAUGAUGUCUUGCGAUUUGAUCGAGAAGGGGUUUAGAGUCUGGCGCGAACAUCCGGAGAGACUGGUCGGAUUCUACCCGCGUUACGUCGAUGGAACCAUGACUUACGGCGGUGAGAAGUUCGCGAGGAGUCGUGAGGGAUAUAAUAUGAUUCUCACGGGAGCUGCGUUUAUGGACGUUGGUUUUGCGUUUGGGAUGUAUCAGUCCGACAAGGCGAAGCUUGGUCGGGAGUUCGUGGACGAGCAGUUUAACUGCGAAGAUGUUUUGUUGAAUUUCUUGUACGCGAAUGCGAGUGGUUCAGCGAAGGCUGUGGAGUAUGUGAGACCGUCUGGUUUGGUUUUCGAUACUUCGAAGUUUUCUGGUGUGGCGAUUAGUGGGAACACGAAUCAGCAUUACAGGAAGAGAAGCGAGUGUCUACGGAGAUUCUCUGAGUUGUACGGAAGUUUGUCUGACCGGAGGUGGGAGUUUGGUGGAAGAAAAGAUGGGUGGGAUUUGUAGAAAGAGGAGUAGUUGCUUGUAGGGCAAGUAAGUAGUUCUUCAGAUAAGUUGCGAGUCUUAAAAAUUAUAAAAUUUCUAGCCCUUCACGGGAUCACAAUGUUAAAUCUAGGCUCUUUUUUUCUCGUAUGAUCGUGUUAGAUGUGUUUAGAAGGUGUUGUAGGGAAUGAACAAAGCUUCUGCUUUCAAUAUAUUAGGAAGAAAAACUGUUUUUUCUUUUUUGUAAACCAGGAAGAAAAAC